AUGAUGACUAGCGCCGAAGAUGGAUUAUUUAUCGUGGAUAAAUCCGGCUCUGAAUUGAAUGAGAGAAGACUCGAUGUCGCGUACGAUAUUUUGCCACCGAACGAGACGACAGGUGCAAGGAACUCUACAGAAUUCAUGGGCCGAAAACCAGCUCACGGAAAGCGCUAUCACUUAGCAGACUCUUUAAGUCGGUUUAGGCCAGGCAGAAUUUCGCGAGAAUUAAGAAAGGCACUGGGUUUGGGGAGACAUGAUAUUCCUAUUCAUAUUUAUCGAAUGAGAUCCUUAGGAUAUCCUCCCGGAUGGUUGAAGAAAGCUGCUGUUAGUGGUAACCUGGAGAUUUUUGAUUCAGUUAGCCUUGAAGGCUCAACAGGUCCAAGUAAAGUGUCUUAUAAUAAGAGUGCUCUUGUUCGCUACCCUGGAUUCAACGUUGAGUUAGAUCCUUCUGUCAGAGAUGACUGUCGUUAUUUGAAAUGUCCUUCAAUGCAGAAACAUCAUAUGUUGGAUAACUUUUACUCUUCGCUGUCAAAUGAGGCUGUUAGAUGUAACGUAGCCACGUCAAAUAACAAGUAUCCAUCUUGUAGUAAAAAAGAAGCAACUGAGACCGUUAUAAUACUUUCCGGUUCAGAGUCUGGUGAGACCGAUUCCGACAGUUCAGGAGACGAAGAAAUUGCAAAUAAAAGUGGAGUUCGUCCUACUGAAAAUUCUUCCUUGGUCAAUGAACCCGAACAAGGAACAACUACACCGUCUCAUCCGCUGACGGUUGAAAGUGAUUCUCCUAAUGAAAGCGCUGACCAGUCAUCUGUUUCAACAGUGUCAGCUUCAAAGCGUCCAUGUUUGGAAGCGUUUAGUGUUGGUGUCCAGCCUUACAGGCCAUAUGAAAAUCUUCCUGAUGUGCACGGAGGCUAUCAACGUGUGCUCAAAUCUCUUAAAAACUCACGUGAGUGUCUUAGUGCCCAGAGCAAUGGAUCGGGCUUAGUAAAUUUAUCAGAUACUGGCCCUGGAACACCGUCUGUUCAACGUGAUCGUAACAAUAGUAGUUAUUACUCUCGGUAG